AUGACCUCUACAUCUACACCACCCAACCUCCCCAACUACUCCAAAAGUUAUCUCCCCAAGAGAGCGCAAAUCCCCCCUCUCAAAGUCUACCCACCUCCCCAGCUCCCAGAGCCGCACAAUGAACUCCUCCCGCUCAGCUACGAGCUCCACCAAGACAACACUCCGAAAAAACGCGUCCUGCUCCUCAUCCCAACCAUGAACGCCGACAAAGGCCAGCUCAUGGAAACCCAGCUCCGGAAGCGUCUCCCACAUAACACCGAAAUCUACUGCCUUGGCUUCGAGGGCGCGUCCUCAGGCGUGGGUGAGCAGCCCUACAACGAAGCGGGAAUGACCGGGGCGUUCAACAGGAUUGACCGUGGCAUGAUCCUGAACCGAGUAAGUCCUCAGAUAAUCGAGUUGGUUGUCAAGCGCCGUAUCACGACCAUCAUCUACGCGGCUAUCGAGAGCUUUAUUACUAGGCCUGGUUGGCCCCCUGCUAGACCUGGGGAGGGCGCUAUCAAGGAGCCGGUGGAUUACGCUUAUAUUGUGUUGUACAACCCCGUGACGGGUGUGGUGAAGACGGGGGUGUCCGAGGGGGUGGAGGUGCCGAGGGCGUAUUUUAAGGAGGCGCAAAAGUACGGGUUUAGUGACCCGGUUAAUGAGGACUUGAUCAAGACGUUUGGGGGGGAGAAGGGGCAGAGGGAGGUGCCUGAGGAGGCUGUGGGGAACCAUGGGAAGGUUACGGUCGGGGAGAUUAUGGCGGCGAAUAUUCGGGAUCUGGACAAGAGGAACUGGCAGAAGCUUCUGACGAAUGAAAAGGCAUGCCGGUAUAGGUUGAUAGAGGAUACGUUGGAGAAGAUGGAUAUUCCGUGGUAA